AUGAAAGUCGCAUUGCAGCAAGAGGUUAUGGUUGUUCUGGGAAUAUAUAAAUAUGAGGGUGUUCCAUUGACAUGUUUAUUUCCUUCUUACUCCUACGAGCGAGCGCCGAUCACCUUCUGUCGCCAUCUUGAGGACAUACCCCAUCAGGCAUCACUUCUUAAGCCAUCACCACUCUUCACCAUGCCCGACACAACCCCCCAAACCAACACUCCUAACAAGGAGUCCUCCCCCAACGAGCGCCUCUACACCACCGCAACUCCCGUCCGCUUCGCCCCCCGCGGCACAGGCGGAAACGUCGUCAUGUUGAACCCCCGCAACGUUCAACAGUGGCAGCUCGACGCCUACGAGGCCCGCCUCGACGAGACGGCCUCCCAGAUGGCCGAGUACAAGGACCGCGUCCAGGAGCUCGAGUCCCUCGUUGAGGAAUCUGCCAGCAACAAGGCUGGAGAUCAGACUGCGCUGCGUGGCGAGCUUGACAUAUUGAGGGAGGAACUUGGCAAGAUGAUGAGUGCGCAGCAGAAGGCUCAGGCAAAGAAGAAGGGGGGCUGA